AAAAGCUAAUCUGAGAGAGAUAUGUGGUGGACAGCCAGCCGACCGACCUAUCUCUCUUUCCAUCAUCAAGGGAAUUGCAAGUAUUCGCGCGACAUCGUGCGAAAUAUACAUCUUGCAUUUAAUUAAUGGCGUGCCCUGGUUCAUCAUCAGAUCUCUAUGAAGAAACUGAAGGGGUAAAGUUCUGGGAAGGUUAUAGUACUGAUGAUCUUCUAGUCUAUAAUCCGUGUAAUCCGUAUAAUACCGGAUUGGAUCUUACUGUAUCGCAAAAGGAUCUCCCUUGGCAAAAUCAAGAGCUAAAUGAAACUUAUCGAACUUCACAAAGUCAGUUGAAUCACCAACCACUACAAGAAUUAGCACCAACGGAAGCUGGGACGAGUAAUUCAGUCCGCAAGCGCAGGGGUAAGAAUCCAUCUCUUCCACCUCCUUCCAGGAACUCUGGAAAAACUCUAGUAUCCAAUGAGAAAAAGAGAGAAAUCGACAAACGAUAUCGAGAGAAAUGCAAGGAAAGCAAAAAGAACAUGAAAGGGCUGUUGGAUCUGCUUGGUGGGGAAAAUGAAAUUUUGCAUAAUGAGAAUAGGAAUUUGAUGAUGGAAAAAGAAUCCAUAAACAAGAGCUUGCAAUCGGCAGAAACAGAGACAAAGUACCUGAACAUUGAAAUUCGCAAGUUGGAGAGUAACAUGACCAACCAACAAGUUUUCGUUGAUUCAUUCUUAAAGAAAUUCGAAGAUGAUGUGUCGAACAAUGUGAAUCACCAGCUUGAAAUAACAAAGCUUCAGAAUGAGAUCAUGAUAUUAAGACAAACUAAUUGGGAUGAUUGGUUGAUGGGCAAAGUACAACUCGUACAAGACAUUGGGAAUUUGGAGCAUGAGAAUAAGGUACUCAGAAUUCAAGUUGCUGCACUAUGUGAGAAAAUUCACAAUGAUCUUGACACAAAACCAUGUAUUUUUUGAACUUUCAAUUUCAAGUUAUUACAAUUAUUGUUCAUCAUUAUAUUGUUUGUAUUGAAUUAUGCACUCAAUCAAGACAAUUGUGAUUUUUCUGUUGUAUUUCAAUUUUAUAUAUCAAUAUAUGAUAAGUUUUACCUUUUCUCCAA